GUUUUCAUCGAAGUUUUACACUUUGCGAAUAAUGCACCCCAAGGUCAGUCACUGAUUUGAGUUUAGCCAGUACGUUGUCUUUGUGUUAGCUUUAUUUUAACAGAUAUUUCUCCAAUACAUAGUCAGCUGCAUUUCUCUGUGUUGAUUUUAAAGUUCCAGCGCUUACAUUAGUUACCUAUCUUAUUGAGUUCAUGCUGGAUUGUUUGCGUAAUACUUUGUAUGUUGUAAAUGUCUUUUUUUAUUGACUACUUUCAAGUUAUCAGCGUUAACGUAAGUUUUACCUGUGUUGAAUUACCUGCAUAUAUUGUUGAUGUAGGUUGUAAGAAGCAAUGAACCCAAGACACUACCCUGCACAACACCACUGGCUAGUGGUCGGGGUAUAAAUACUGUAGAAUUAAUUCUAGUCAUUUGGUAUCUGUUUGUGAGAAAAGAACUAAUCCAUUGCAAUAUAUGGUUAGUAAUUUCAAUGGACUAAAGUCUGUCGAUUAAGAGGUUAUGAAGUACCUUAUCAAAAGUUGUCUUGAUAUCGAAACAAACACUAGUUGUUUUUGGUCACAUAUGCGAGUUAUCUCGUUAAAGAAGCCUAUCAGGCAUGUGGAUCAAAAUCUUGUUCUUAUGAAACCGUGUUCUGACGGGUGGACCAGUCUGUUUUGAGUAGGUGAUCAGAUAAUUCAUCUCAUAUCACUUUUUCCACUACGCGUCGUAUAAUUAGGGUGAUAUUUAUUGGUCUGUAUUUCUAGAUUAAAUGUUUCGAUCCUGAUUUAUGUAUGGGUACAACAUACGCUAUCUUUCAAGUUUCGGAGUAUGUAUCUGCCUCUAAGAGUGAAGUGAAUAUUUUGAGUAAUAGUGUUCCUAUGUUCGGUCCUACCAGUUUUUUAAAGAAUCAAUGGGAUAUCAUCUGCAUCAGAACUUGCAUUCAACUUAAGGGUUUGGUGAAGGCGUGUAUAUGAAUAAGUUAUAAGUUAUUAAUACUAUGAUUAUUUUUGCUAGUGCACUUGAUAUUAAUAUCUGGGGCAUGAGAUUUAUUCGCACAGUGGGAAACCCAUUCACUUAGUAGUUCACAUAUGACGGUUAGGCCAUAAUACGUCGCACCAUCAUACAGUAUGGAGUGCCAUUUUAGACAUGAUAUAGUACUAUUUAGUGGGUACAUUGAACACUUCUAAUGUUUCUGAAGGCUUAUCACUGGUAAAGAGACUACUCCAAUCAGAGCACUUUAUUAGAAAUCGAGAGUUUCCCUAGUCAUUGUGUGCAUAGUCUGUAUAUUGAAAAUGCGUCGUUAUUGUCUUGGAUUUGUUGCACUUUGCAAGAGUCAGUAGAGUGAAUAAGACUAUUUUACGAUCACUGAUGUUAAACUUUUCGCCAACCACUUCAUACGUCGGUGUGACAUUAUGACAGAAUAUCAAGUCGAAAGCAUUGCUGUUGAAAUCACCACAAAUAAUUUUAUAGACGAAAUCAAGUGAGGCAGCCGUAGCAAUUCGCUCACUCAUAGCAGUGUCAGUUAAACUAGAGGUGUUUGGAGCUAUGUAUACACAUCCAGUUAGUUAAAUUCUUUCCUCAUAGGUGAUACUAAAAGCUCUAUUGCUACUUUAAUAUUUACCUUCCAAAUCCCUCCUAACAUCCCUUCAUGAUAUAACUUUCUAUUCUGUUUUAUCAAACUAUAUUUUCUGUGUUCACUUUCUUUUUAUCAUGGUUACUACUGUCUUUAAAUGUCUUACUAUUUUCUCUUAGGUCUAUGUAUGUUAAUUCCAUCCUUAUGUGUUUUACGUUUGGUGGUAUAGAUUAGAAAUCGGUUUAUCGCACUUUCAUAGUUAAUAGUCAUUGAGCUGAUUUUCGUAAGUAUUGAUCGUGUAUUAAAUAAACGGGAAGUAAUGACAUAAAUUUACAGUAAGCACAUAGUCAGUCAGUAACAACAUACGUCGGUUCGAGUUGCCAAACCACAUUAGCACAGUGAUAUAGUUUUCGAUUCAAAUCCCAUAUUGUUAGAGAUAGUAAGAGUAUAAACAGUAAUCGGAAAGAUUAGGGUUGAUAGAUGUUAUUCAAAUAGUAUAAUCCAAUGAAAUAAAUUUGGAAAGCGAAAAAUAAGAACAAGUAAGCACAUAGAUCUUUUACUGAAUUAACUUGUAGUGAGUGAUAUGAUCUUAACUAAUUGGUUGUCACUAAUAUUAUUAUUAUUAUUAUUACUAAUGUUUAGCUGUUAUCCUGUAUAUUCUAAACGGGUAUUUUCAUGAAUUCAAUUGAGACUAACAAUAUUCUCAUCAAUAACAAUUUAGAACUAUUUUCAAAAUGUACUAGAAAAUUUUGUGGUCAAAUAUCCAAUACAAGUUUAUGUACAUCAUGUUUAUGGGGAUCAAAAGUAUUUUAUAAAUUCAAUAAUCCAUAUAAUCCUAUAUGUGAAUUAUGUUUAACAUCAUUUACAUUAUAUAAUUGGUUAUAUAUUGGUUUUAUAAUGAUUUUACCUAUUAUAUUUUUAUUACAAAUUUUACCAAUAUUAUCAUUAACAAAAAUUGAUUUGAAACAUUUAGAACAAUCAACUACUACUACUAAUAGUAAUAUCAGUAGUACUACUCAUAAAAUGAGUAUUACUCAAAAAUCAUGGUUAUUAUUUCUAUGUUGUAUUAUUAUUCAUUUAUUAACAAGUUUAAUUAUUAUAUUAAUAUAUCCUCCAUUAGGUAGUUUUACAUUAUAUCAUUGUCCUAUAGAUAAUAUUAAAGAAUUUUAUCCUAUUUUAUAUGCUGGAAUAGGAUGUAUAUCAGAAGUGAAUUAUCCAUUAACUUCAUUACCUAUAUUAUAUUAUAUCAUUAAUAUUAUUAUUAGUUUAUUAAUUUAUUCAUUAUUAAUUAUAAUUAUAUUUAAUGAUUAUUAUUGGUUUGAUUAUCUUUAUUAUAUAUUAUAUGCAUAUCCAAUUAUUUGUAUCAAUAUUAUAUUAUUUGGUGGAAUAUUAUAUUAUAUAUAUCCUUAUAUAAUAUUAUUCUAUAGUAUAUUUGAUUCAUUAUAUAGAUUUCCAUUAAUAUUUGAUUAUUGUAUAAAUGAUAUAGAUGAUAUUAUAUGUCCUAUAUGUAAUCCAUAUAAACUUAUUCAAACUAUUUUAUAUAAACCAAAACAAUAUUUAUUUAUUAUUAUUAUAAAUUCAUUUUAUAUUGGAUAUGGUUUAUUAGCAUUAAAUAUAACUAUUUAUUAUUGGUAUAUAAGUUUAAUAAGUUUACCAUUUAUAUUUUAUAUGAUCACAUUACCAUUAACUCAUCCAUUUCAUUAUAAUGAUUGUCAACAAAUAUUGAAUAGAAUAUAUCAUAUAUCAUUUUUGAAUAAUGAAAAAAAAGAAGAAACAAAUUGAAGUAGAUCAAUCAUAAGUAGAGAUUGUUAUUUAUGGAUGCAAUUUUUUUGAAUGAUGCUAUAAAGUAAUGAUAUUGAGUAUGUUCACUUCAUGACUUGAAUCGAAAUGAACUAAUGUGUGAAGAAUUAGAAUUAUGAUUGACAGUUGUUAAGGGUUUUCAUCAUCACCAACUGAUAUCAAAUAUAAUGUCAAAACUUUAUUUAGCUAAAUGAAUGGAGUGAAUUCUGUGCCGAAAUUCGAGAUCUGUUAUCUUAGUUCAUCUCACUCAAGUUUUUUUUUAUGAUUAGAAAUACAAAUACACGAAAUGUCGACCAAUAUAUAUGUAUAUGUAUAUCUUAGUCAAAAUGUGUACUUCUCUCAUUAGUUUAACAUUUAUUAUUCUGUAAUAGAUAGAUAUCUAAUUCAUGUCUGUGUAUGCUUAUAGUACACAAAGGUUAUUUUCAAAAUUAUUCAAUCUAUAUUAUACUUAUAACAUUUAAACUGGGUUAUGUUUAUUCUAUUUUAUCACUUAUUUGAACAUUCUUAACAAUACAAGUUAGAAAAAAUGGUUCUUUUUUUAUAAAAUUAUUAUAGAAGAAAACUACUAAUCAGUCAGUCAGUCAGCUACAACGUAGGACCAGACACAUAUGUGCAUCGGUCCAAGUUGCCAUACCGCAUCAGCACAACAAGAUGAAUACCGGAUUCAUAACAGUGGUUAGGUAAAAGGUGGUAAUAUAUAAGAGAAAGAUUGCAUAUAG